AAAAAAGUGUAUACUCUAUGACAAAAAAAAUCCCUCAAAUUCCUCUUCUUUGUUCAUUCCAUUCUCUACUUUCCCUUUCACCCUCUUUCUAAUUUUUUAUUAUAAAAUUUCUGGGUCCCUUAUAAAUACACUCUUACUAUAUAAAACCAUAUCAAAACUUCUUCAAAAAAAACCAUAUUCCAAAUUCAAAUUUCAAAUCACUAAAAAAAAAAACUCAAAUGGCUCAUUCACUUUCUCCUCAGUUCUUAACCGAGGACGAAAAAUCUUUCAUUAAUAAACUCUUCACAAACGACGCCGUUUCAAGUUCAACCACUCUUUUUCCUUACGAUGAUGUUUCAAUCUCCGAGUUAACUCGUCAAAUGACUCACUCAUCUCUCCACAACAAGGGUGUUUUUGAGAAUGGAAGCUACGCGAAGAGUUCAAGUGGAAACGACACCGUUUUGAAGCAGAACUUGCAGAAAGCGAGGUUUGAUCUGCUACAUGCAGCUGCAGGAGAAGAUGCAAGGGUUCAUCGAGCUAAGUACGAAGAAGAAGAAGCUUUUUACGGUUUUACCCCUAAAAACCACCAUGGAUUUCAUACUCAGAAUCAUCAUCAUCAACAUGCAAUUUCUCAGAAACAGUUACAGUUUCAAAUCGCUCAAUUUGAGAUGUUGAAGAAGCAGUGGAUGAAGCAACGAGAGGAAUUUUCUCGUGCUAUUUCACAGAGAAGAGUUGAAAAUCACCGAAAUAUCCCUGGAGGAAGAAGGAACAAUGAAACGGUUUUUCCGAGUAAUGUUGGUUUGUCUUCAUCUGCAUGGAGUUCUGUGAAGAAGGGAAACCCUAAUUUGAGAAGGGAAAGAAAUGGUACUGGUGUUUUCUUGCCUCGUGUUGUUGAUUCUACUGAAUCAAGAAAAACUCUAGGGGGUGGUAGUAAAAAUGUGGUGGUUCCUGAAAGAGUGGUUUAUGCUUGGAAUCGGAAGGUGGAAGAAGGUAUGAUUAGAGGUUACAUGCAGCAGAAAAAUCGUUUUUAUGGAACUUCAAAUUUUGAAAAUGGUGUUGGCAGUGAUUAUGAAUUUUCUCAGCAAAAGCGGAACGUGAAGCAGCAGCUGACAGAGGUGAAUCGUGAGAUCCGGCUUCCACAAGAAUGGACUUAUUGAUGGGUAUAGGUGGGACCCGAUGUUUUUAAAAUCGGACCGGAUCGGUUACAUUGCUUUUUCUAGAUUCGACUAUUUUAAAACAGUCGAAUCAGAUUGAGUAGUUUGGCCGAAUUGAUAUCCGGUUUGAUUUUAAAAACAUUGUUAAAUGGAGGAAUUAAAGUGAAAUAUUAGGUUUAUAUUUUAGGAAAUAGUAGAAGUAGUUAAUAUAGUGUAGAUGAUUAAGAAAUAUUAGGAUUUUCCUUGAAGCAAGAAAAAAUAGUACAACUUGUUUCUUGAUUGGAAAACGGGAUGGGUAAUGGCUUAUAAGAUGUAGUUGAAGAAGAAAAUAAUUUAGGGGUAUUUUGGGAAAAAGGUUAUGUUAAGGAAAAAUAAAAGGAGAAUUUAAAUUGGGGAGUUGAAGAAGCACAAGGUUGGAUAUGAUUUGGUGAGGAUGUAAUUACAGCUUGUAAGGAUCACGAUGUAAUCAUUUCUGGGGAAAUUACAUUACAUGAAUGUAAAGAUCAUAUUACAACCUGUCUAACCAACCAAAAUUAUGAUAAAUAAAUGAAUGUACAUCUUGUUUCAA